UGCUUGCAAACAGAUUUUCCGACCAAAAAAAUUCGAUAACCCUGGUUACUCUCUACCUAAGCGUCACUUUGCCCCUUUCCUCCCCGCUGCAAAGUCAAACCCUAGUGCCGCUCGCUCCCUGGGACUGCUAGGGCUCUCUCUAGCCGCCGUCAGCUCUUCAUUUCCCUCGCCGGACGCCCUCGCACACUCGUUUGAUCAGCUUGUUUUGUAAGGAGAGAGGUAGUAAGAAAGCAUGAAACUCUCAUUCUCUCUCCCAUCGAAAGCAUCUUCCAAGCCAAGUCAACACAAGCCCGCUGAGAAUUUCAAAGAAGACAACUCCAAAGAAGAUGGAGAAGUCAAGCAUGAAUACGUGACAGAAUUUGACCCCUCAAAAAGCCUGAAUCAUUCGAAAAAGCUUGUAAUUCCACCUAAGCCUAACGAAUGGAGACCCCUGAAGAAAAUGAAGAACCUUGAUCUUCCUGUUCGCUCUUCUGCCGAUGACCUUGGUGUUGGCUUUGAGGUUGAAGCUCCCUCGACUGCUGGAAUACCUGAUUCGGACAUGUCCUAUGGUCUGAAUCUCAGACAAGAUAAGGAAACCAAUAUUAGCCAGGAUGACAAAGAUAAGAUGGAAGUGGAUCCUCCUGCCCGAUCUGGACCCGGUGAAGAUUUGACAUUGCUGAGAUUCAAGGAGGAUAUGAAGAAUCUGCCCGACGAUCGAGGAUUUGACGAGUUUGUAGAUGUUCCUGUUGAGGGUUUUGGGGCAGCAUUACUUGCUGGGUAUGGAUGGCAAGAAGGGAGGGGCAUCGGAAGAAAUGCCAAGGAGGACGUGAAGGUUGUUGAGUAUACAAGGAAAACUGGGAUGACGGGGUUAGGGUUUGUGGACGAUAUGCCAGAUGGAAAGAACCACCAAUGUGAUUCCAAUGCACAGAAUGUUCCACAGAAAGGGCCUAAUGAGAAGAUUGAGCACUUGCAGGCUCAGGUUGAUAAUAUGCCUCCCCCACGGGAGCCUAGGGCUCAUCAAGAGUUGAAAGAGGACAGGAGCCAGGAAGAUAGAAGGGAUCAUAGGCAUGAAAGAGGAGACAGAUCCAGAGGCAGAGACCGUAGAAGAAAAGAUGAUGAAAGGCGAAGAGAAGGGGGAAGAAGAGGUGAAGAACUGAGACACAGUGAUGCAUAUCAUUCCAAUAACCGAAGUAGGAAAGAAGAGAGGAGAACAACAAUUUCUUGGCUUACAAGUCAUAUUCGAGUUAGAAUUGUUAGUAAAGAUUUCAGAGGAGGGAAGGUUUACUUGAAGAAGGGAGAGGUUGUGGAUGUUGUAGGUCCAACUACUUGUGACAUAUCCAUGGAUGAGAACAGGGAGCUAAUCCAAGGUGUUGAUCAAGAAAUUCUUGAGACAGCACUUCCAAGGCGUGGUGGCCCUGUUCUUGUUCUCUAUGGGAAGCAUAAGGGUGUGUUUGGAAGCCUUGUGGAAAAGAAUAUUGAGAAAGAAACUGGUGUUAUCCAAGAUGCAGAUACACAUUCAAUGCUUAAUGUGCGCCUGGAACAAAUUGCUGAGUAUGUGGGUGAUCCAAGUUAUCUGGGAUACUGAUUAUCUUUGCCUACUACAUUGAUGGAAUUGAAGUUGAACAACUUACUCUGUUCAUAGAGCUGGCCCAGGUGAUGGAUAAUUGAAAGUUCAUCUUUCCUUCAACCCCCCUCCCCUGCACCCCAAUUUACUCAUAUCUUUUUAGAUAGAUUGAAAUAUAGCUGCUUUCAAAUGAUCCCUUGUGGUGUUGGUGUUUCUACGUCAUAUCCUUUACCGUGGGAUCUUUUGUUCAGUUAAAUGUUAACAGAGACUUGAUUUACACAAUGGACUUCGAAAUGCCAAGGGAAACCAAAACUCAUUUAAAACUA